GCGCGGGGCAGCGCGGCACGCAUUUCUAAGGCGACGGCGGGGGCGCCUGCGGCUGUCUCCCGCCCAUCCCUCCGCGAGAAGGAAAAACAAGAGCAGGAGCCAAAUUGCCGCUCGCGUCUUCAACUCCCGUUGCGUUGCCAAAGGCCCGGCGGGUUUGGAAGGAUUCCCGACCGCGGAAAAAGUCGGCUCGCCCCCGGCUGAGCACGGCGACGGUGAGGAAGCAGACGCUUAAAGACAGUUCCCAAGUGCUUCCCUGUCACCUGACACAUCUCAGCCAUGGUGUCAUGGAAGGGGAUUUACUUCAUACUCACGCUGUUUUGGGGAAGCUUUUUCGGCAGUAUUUUCAUGCUGAGUCCUUUUAUACCUCUGAUGUUCGUCUCGCCAUCCUGGUAUCGCUGGACGACCAGUCGCCUCGUGGCAUCCUGGCUCACAUUUCCAGUGGCAUUGCUGGAGAUCGUAUUUGGCGUCAAGGUGAUCAUAACCGGUGAUGCCUUCAUUCCUGGAGAAAGGAGUGUCAUCAUUAUGAACCACCGGACGAGAAUGGAUUGGAUGUUCCUUUGGAAUUGCCUGUUAAGAUACAGCUACCUCAGACUUGAGAAAAUCUGCCUCAAAUCCAGCCUCAAAAGCGUUCCCGGAUUCGGUUGGGCAAUGCAGAGUGCUGCCUAUAUAUUCAUCCAUAGGCGAUGGAAAGAUGACAAAAAUCACUUUGAAGCCAUGCUGGAUUAUUUCUGUGACAUCCAUGAACCUCUUCAACUCCUCAUAUUCCCAGAAGGAACUGACCUCACAGAAAACAGCAAGGUUCGCAGUAAUGAAUUCGCUGAAAAAAAUGGACUUCAGAAAUAUGAAUACGUCUUGCAUCCACGGACUACGGGAUUUACUUUUGUAGUGGAACGUCUGAGGGAAGGACAGAACCUCGAUGCCAUCCACGACAUCACCGUGGCUUACCCUUAUAACAUCCCUCAGUCGGAGAAACACCUCCUGGAAGGAAAUUUCCCCAAGGAAAUCCACUUUCACAUCCGCCGGUAUCCAGUGGACAUCCUGCCCGCCUCCACAGAGGAACUCCAGGUCUGGUGCCACAAGCGAUGGGAGGAGAAAGAAGAGCGGCUUCGCUCGUUCUACCGGGGGCGGAGGAAUUUUGAUGUCUCGGGGCCGAACGCCAUUCCACCCUGCAAGUCGGAGGCCAGGGUCCUGCUGGUGAAGUGGGUAUCCUUCCUCUACUGGACACUGUUCAGCCCUGCUAUGGUCGUACUUAUGUACUUCAGCAGCUUGGCCAGGUGGUAUUUGGUCACUUGGAUCCUCAUCUUUGUCCUGCAGGAGAAGAUAUUUGGUGGCCUGGAAUUCAUCGAACUGGCAUGUUACAGGUUCUUAGCCAAACGACAGAAAGUAGAGCUCAAGAAAGCCGAAUGAAGGUCCCGAGUUCACCGGGCAGGCUCCUUGGGGCUGUUUUUUGAGAUGUCCAUAGCCUAAGCCAGGAAGCGUUUUUGCAUGAAAACCCUCAAUCUUUAUAACUACCAUCAUUAUUUAAGACAUUUUGCACUUGAUUUUGUGGGGAAAAAAAAAUAAUUCCUAGAUAUCGCUCCAUAUGAACAAAUGAUUUUUAAUCUCUGAAUGUCGAUGUUACUGUAGCAGGGAGGAAACAACUAAGGGUUAUAACUGUGAAAUAACUCUUGCCGGGUAAUUGAACAAUCAUUAGGCUGUUGCUAGGCGAGGUUAGCUAGCGGGUUUUUUCGAAUCUCCAACCCCGCUGUCCAGACGAUCCAUCGAGCAGUUUGGUCUGGCUUGAAACCACCGGCACAAAUCAGACAUCCAGACUUGAAAAUUAUAGAUUGCCUCAGGUACAUAUGAGUCUCAAUCUUCUCUUUCCAAGCUGCCCACUCUGGAGAUAUCUUAUCCUCUCUGUCCUCCUUUCCUUCCUUGUUCCUCCCCAUUUCCCGGCCUACCAAAUGCAUAGCUGGCCAUUGGCUGGCAGAUGCGGCCUUCUCCCAGUAAGAACCGUUUACGUGAAAAUUAUCUGAAAGGAGGUUGGGGAAGAGACACAGACUUGGAAUCGGCUCACCUGUCUGUUAAAACAUGUCUGCCACCCUCUCCAGCUUGUCCCUGGAAAGAAAAUGCCGAGUUUUCUCCAUUGGUUCAGAGUGCACCUUUGACUUUGGGAAGCCCUCUGAAACUAGCGAGCACAGUAGUGAGUUGCCUGAAACCAGAUGGCCAAAGUUAGGGUCUCGACGGGCUGUAACGCUGUCAAAUCAGGUUUUAUCCACGGGGUUAUCCAGAGAUUACAGGAAUGCCCUUUGACAUUGACUAUUUUGGGGCUUGACCAGACUCCGUCACUCACUAGGAAUAGCACGUUGGAUUUGACCCCGAACAAUCACUCACCUAAACACUGCCAUCGGUGGGACGUCAGUGGACAGUCCAAAGAUCCCAUUGCCCAGUACCUAGCGAAGCAGGAGGAACAUUGUUAAUUUUGUGUUUUGGGUUGGUCUCCCCUUGCCUCAUCAUAUAACAGGGACGAGCAGCAGAAACAAUGAAGCAACCGAUAGCUGGUAUCCAACCUUUCAUCUUGAUUUCAGCAUUUAACCAACCUCCCAAUCCAUUUUAUUGCUCCGUGCCCUCGGCUGGCAUGAACAAGCGCCUCUUAAUUUAACCUCCUCUUUGCUUGGCAGUACCUUCCUCACAUGGCCAUGAAAGGUAAUCACACUGUGAGCUUAAUUUACGGAGCUCAUUCUUGUAGAAAGGCUUGGCUAAACCAGGCAGGGCACCGCUGGCGAAAGGGUUUGGUUGGAAAUCAGAAUUCGAGCAUGUUGUCUAGGGCCCUGCAGAAAAGCACCAACCUAUAUUUAACUGUCCCUUACAAGGGGACAGCUGUUUUUCAUAGCUACUAAUUAGUUAUCAUGCACUUGUGCUCCAAGCCAUCUGUUUUACUCCGUGCAUUUUUUUUUUUACCUUCCUUCUUAAUAAAAGUGAUUUCUAAUUUAGGUUGGUCUCAACGAACUUCCUCUGGUUAUAUUUAGAAGCACAGAAAUAGUUUGACAAUUAGGAUUUCAUUGUGAUGGGAGGGAAGGCAAAAAAGACCUUUCUUUCUCCCCUGGAGGCCUUUAUAAUGUUGCCCUCCCAAACGGAGAUUAUAGCCGCCGUCUAAAGUCACAUAGCUCCCUGUUCAGGGAACAGUUCCCAUCUAAUUUCAUGCACUUUUAACUCCCUGGACCCCUGCAGAGAAAAUCGUCUUUUUUUCUUUUUCCAGAGAAAAAUAUCCUUCAGGUGAACAGCAAAGCAUUUUCCCCUGGCAAGAUGCAGAAUUCAGAGUAAAAAGUGACAGGCACUAAGAGCAGGGAGCCCCUCUCCUUUCCGCGCUUUCUGGGUCACGUUUUGGUGGUUCUAAGGAUAGUGAAACCCUCCCCAUUUUGGCAAAGCCAAAAGCUCAUCCUCUCCCCCAGCAGCAAAAUGAAACUCGGUUCGCAUUUUUAGCCACUUUGAAAUGUUCCUCCCAUCCCCUCCUGAUUUUUUAAGAUACCUUUAAACGUUUAAGAUAAUCAAUAGACAUUAUCAGCUGGGGAAUCCUAAGUAGUUUUUAAAAUUAAAGUGUUUUUUUUUGAUGAACAUGCAAAUGGUGAAGACAAGUACAUUGUCUCAGUCCUCCCGCUUUGUCACGCUUCUCCCCCUGGCUCCCGCCGUCCCCACUUCUCAUUCCUUCUCAAAUCCCCACUCUGAACACUCAAUCCCUCCCCCUCGCCACAUCUCAUAUAAUUAUCUGUAUAAGGUGGGAGUUCUUUCUCUCCGGCAUGUCCAACUGUGGUGGCUUCCAUUCACCAUUUUGUGAAGUUUUAAGUAAAGCCAGCCUGGUUCGUUGGAGACGCAACCCAUGCAUGCAUUCCACUGCUCCAAGCUUGCCAGAAUGGGAGUCCAUUAAGCCAUGCGUCCUUUGCCCAAAUCUAAGCUGGCAUCACUGAUGUGGCUGCUGCAGUGAACAUAACCCGUGAAGUUGGUGCAAUAUUCACGAGAAACAGUAUGGCCUAAUGGAUAGAGCACAGGCCCGAGAGUCAGAGGCUCUGGGUUCUAAUUCCAGCUC